UGAACAUUGAGGACUUGUUCAUUACAGCUUCUUCCUUUGUCAUCAUCAUUCUUUUCUUUUCUUUUUAUCUCAAAUAAUUUAUUUUUUUCUACACAAUCCUAGUUCAUACUUUUCCACCUUUUGAUGUCACACAAACACAUUCUCUAUUCAUUCAUAUAUAUGAGUAUGUGACAUGCCACCCCAUUAUUCAGGGUUGAAUAAUGGCCAGAAAAGUUCAUAACCAUAAGAGACAUAGUGAAGGUAUGAAUAAUUCACAACAUAGCAUGAAGCUGCAAGAAGAAGCAUCAAAGAUUAUGUACAAACCAGAAGUUAAAUUACCUCACUCUACUAAAGGAUCAAAGAACAAUGGUUAUUCAAAUGUGAAUUCAGUGAGAGAAUUGAUGAAUGAGGAGUUAUCUACACAAUCAUGCAACCGAAAUAAUGUACCAAGCAUCGUGGCGAGGUUGAUGGGAUUAGAUAUGAUGCCAUUAGGAUCUAGAUCUGUUGUUCUUCUAUCAGAUCAGUGCAUAACUGAUCAAAAUAUGGAGAAUAAGAUCUUUGAUGAUGAUGGAAUGGGAAAAAAGUUCUCAAAUCCAAUGCUGCUGGAAGAAGAACUCAAGAAAUUCAAGAGAGAAUUUGAAGCAUAUCAAGCAUCAAGGCUUAAGGAGGGUCCAAAAGUUGAUGAAAGAAUUCGAAGCGUUUCGCAAAGAACCAAGAGUGUUCAAGAAAUGGUUCCAUGUAAUACAAAUUCAAAGACAAAGAGAAAGGGAAAGGGAAAGGUAGCAAUGAACAAAUCUAGAAGAAGAUUUGAUGAUACAUCACUUUCACCAACUCAGAUAACUAUCUUGAAGCCUUAUUGCUACCAUGAAGAGAGUUUGAUCAAUUCAUCAGAAACUUCACAAGGGAGAACAAGUACUGGUGUAAAAGAUUUUCUUGAGGAAGUUAAGGUGAAGUUGUUAAGUGAAAUGCAGGGGAAAAGUACUUUGGAAAAGUGUUCUUCGGUUCGAGGAAGCGAAAAUGAGAGACAUAACACUAAAAAACAAUCCAAUUCUAAAGAAGUGGUUUGUCAUAGAUCAAGUGAGUUCAUAGAUUUUGUGACUAGGGAUGUUGUUGAAGCAAAUUUACUCCAUUCACAAUCAACAAGAUCUUUUCGAAGUGAAAUCGAGUUCAAUGGACAGAGUUCCCCUGAAUUUAUCAGCAGAGGAACAAUGAAGUAUGCAAAUUUGAAUGAUGAUUCAUUGCUUCAGAAGGAGUUAUCUCCAAUGAACCUUGUAAGAUCCUUCUCAGCUCCUCUAUCAGGAAGAUUUAGCCGCUUUUCGACCGGUGAUCAAAUUCGGAAGAAGCUUGAAGAUCUUGAAAGGAUGUCUUUUGAUGCUAAGAAGAAGAAGAAAGAUAGAUUUGGAAUUAGAGAAAAAGUUUCUUAUCUUAAACAAAAGUUUGGUCUAAGAGGCAAGAUUUUUGCCAAAAGGAUUCAUUCAAUGGUUGAAACUCCAAAUAGCAUUGAAGAUGGUUUCAUGGUGAGAGACAUUAGAAGUGGACCAACUGUUCUCCUGAAACAUGGGAGAAGUCAUGAUAAUUUCACUGAGGUUCCUCCUAGUCCUGCAUCUAUGUGUAGCAGUGUUCAUGAAGAACUUUGGAGGCAGAGUGCAAUUUUAAGCCCAAUUUCAACUCCAAGUGUAUCUUCAGUAGAUGAUAGCAUUAUGCCACAGGUUUAUGGAGAUAUCAGCUCUGAUUUAAAUGAACUAAGUAAGCAACUAAGCCAACUUGAGUUUGACAGCUCAGAAGAAUUCGCAACGAAGCCAAAAUCUGUCGAGUACGAAUUAGAACGGCUACUCGAUCCGGCGGAGUCUUAUAUAAGAGAUCUUCUUGUUGCUUCUGGACUUUACUUUGGAUCAUGGGACAAAUACCUACAAAAAGAGGACACAUUUACAAAUCCUAUAGCCAACUCAAUUUUUGAAGAAGUGGAAGAAUCUCACAAGAAAUGUUUGGUCAAAGAAAAUAUUAUUGAUAACAAGUUAGAUCACAAAAUUUUACUUGAUUUGUUAAAUGAGGCACUUUCCAUUGUUCUUGGACAACCUUUGACAACGUCUAGAUUCAGAAGGAAACUCAAUAAUUCAUGCAUAAUACAAACUCCACCAUGUGGGAAGGAACUAUUGAAGCUAGUAUGGGACAUUAUCCAUGUUUCAUUGUAUCCUCCAAUGUCUAACACAUGUUCUUAUUCAUUUGAUAGUUUGAAGGCACAAGAUUUUGGAUCCAUGUCAUUGUAUGGACUAAUGAAUGAUGAGAUCAAUGUCUUAGAAAUGGAGAUGGCAUGUUCAAUUAGUGAUGAUUUGGUUGAAGAACUCAUAAAGGAUAUGAUGGUAUUUUAAAUAUGAGGGGUAAAAUUGUACAUUUGUUAAGAAUGA